AUGAGGUUCAUCAAUAACGUAUCUGCUACUGCUUUGUUAUCAGCUAUUUUACAAUUAGGCUCAACGGUUGCAACCGACUCAUCGUCAGGAAGCUUGAAAAUCGAUUUCAAUGUGAAAAGAGAAGUACCGAAAGGAGACAUUGUCAAACGUGAUGACCCGGAAGGAGCAGUGGUGAUGAAAUUAAUGAAUCACAAAACUCUCUACAUUGCUGAGUUGUAUAUUGGUUCAAAUGAAGAUAAAGUUCAUGUGCACGUUGAUACUGGAAGCUCAGAUCUUUGGGUGCCUGCAAGUGAUGUUACAUGUUCAAAGGAAAAUCCACUUGCUGCUCUUGGGGAAGGGGAUGAUGAUGAUGAUGAUGAUGAGAAUUCAGGCGAGGGAGAACAGCCAUCAGAGACGCAAGGUGGUCCCUCAAGAGGCAAUAAACGUGACGAGGGCCAAAUCUACAGCUCGUUAUACCCCUCAGGCCACCCACAAACCACCAAUCUUCCAGGAGCUGGAAACCCUGGCUUUAUCUCUAAUUCUAGCAAUACGGCAGCAGGAGAGUCCCAAUCAAGUGAAUCACUUACUUGCACGGCACAUGGUUCAUUCAAUACGGAGGCAUCCGAUACUUUUGAGACGAACAAUACGAUACCAUUCUAUGCUGCCUACGGUGACGGAACCUAUGCGUUUGGUGACUGGGGCCAAGACACCAUCAAAAUUGGUAACGCGUCAGUACAUAAUGCUAGUUUUGCAAUUGCAAAUGCAACAUCAAAUGACAUUGGGGUAUUUGGUAUCGGGUUACGUGGUUUGGAAUCUACUUCACUGUUUGGUUACUUUUACGAUAGUUUACCAUAUAAAAUGAAGUCCAAUGGGGUGAUUAACAAAGUUUUAUACUCGUUGUACUUGAACGAUAUCAACGCUAGUACCGGUUCUGUGUUGUUUGGUGCUAUUGACCAUGCUAAACAUGAAGGUCAUUUGGAGACAUUGCCGGUGGUGAAAGGAAGAGACGGUACAUUUUCGGAUUUGGCAGUUGAACUCAAGCAUGUCGCACUCAACCACGAAGGAGAUAAAGAACUCAUUUUACAAAACUCAACCAUUGUCAUACUUGACUCUGGAUCAACGAUAUCAUACUUGACGCUGCACCAAGUGAAAUCUUUGGGCGAGGCUCUCGAUGGUGAAUUUAUUGAACUGCAAGGAGCCUUCAAAGUUGACUGUGAAUUACAAAACUCAAACUCAACAAUGGAUUUCACUUUUGGAAACAGUGACAUCCAUGUCCCACUUUCUGAAUUGAUCAUGCCAGAGAAUGAAACAUCAUGUUAUUUAGGAAUCUUACCAUCCCAAAAAGAAGGAAAUGAGACUGAAACUGCAUUGUUUGGAGACAACAUAUUGAGAAGCGCCUAUAUCGUUUACGAUUUGGAAGACUUGCAAGUCCAAAUUGCGCAAGCUCGUUAUACCGAUGAAGAAGAUAUUAGAGUUGUUGGGGGAAAAGAGUCAACGAGUGGAAGCACCGGAUCGAACUCAUCCUCGAAUGGAACUACAUCUGGUGGAGUUGGCUCUUCGUCAUCGACUGAGCAUGCCAAUAGUGGGUUCUCGAUUUACAAUUUGCCUUGGGUUUCUGUACUUGCCGGAUUGGCCACUUCAUUGGCCUUGGUUUAG